CCCGUCCUGGCCCAGAACUAGAGAGGGAGCUGGACGAGAGCGGGCGUCCGGGGCCCAACUUCGAGCCAGGCGGGAGCGAAGCCGCAGUCCCUGAAGGGGGGACCCCCGCAACCGCAGUGUCUCCAUUUUACGGUAUUCUCCAUUUUCAUCAUGGGCUUCUGCCUGGCUCUGGCAUGGACAUUCCUGGUUGGGCCAUGGAUACCCACUGGAGCUCAGAAUGCUAUUUCCUGGGAGGUGCAGCGAUUUGAUGGAUGGUACAACAACCUCAUGGAGCACAGAUGGGGCAGCAAAGGCUAUCGGCUGCAGCGCCUGGUCCCAGCCACCUAUGCAGAUGGUGUGUACCAGCCCUUGGGAGAGCCCUACCUGCCUAAUCCCCGUGACGUCAGCAACACUGCCACGAGGGGCCCUGCAGGGCAGGCCUCCCUGCAGAACCGCACAGUGCUGGGGGUCUUCUUCGGCUACCACGUGCUCUCGGACCUGGUGAGCAUAGAGAGACCCGGCUGCCCCGCCGAGUUCCUCAACAUCCACAUCCCACUCGGGGACCCGGUGUUCGACCCCGACCGGCGCGGGGACGUGGUGCUGCCCUUCCAGAGGAGCCGCUGGGACCCCAAGACCGGACAGAGCCCCAGCAACCCCCGGGACCUGACCAACGAGGUGACGGGCUGGCUGGACGGCAGCGCCAUCUAUGGCUCCUCGCACUCCUGGAGCGACGCGCUGCGGAGCUUUUCUGGGGGGCAGCUGGCGUCGGGGGCCGACCACGCCUUCCCCCGGGAUGCGCAGGAGCCCCUGCUCAUGUGGACCGCACCCGACCCCGCCACGGGACAGCGCGGGGCCCGGGGGCUGUAUGCCUUCGGGGCCGAGCGAGGGAACCGCGAGCCCUUCCUGCAGGCGCUGGGCCUGCUCUGGUUCCGCUACCACAACCUGUGCGCGCAGCGGCUGGCCCUCGAGCACCCGCGCUGGGGGGACGAGGAGCUGUUCCAGCACGCGCGCAAGAGGGUCAUUGCCACCUACCAGAACAUUGCUCUGUAUGAGUGGCUGCCCAGCUUCCUGCAGCAAACACCCCCAGAAUAUACAGGGUACCGCCCUUUCCUGGACCCCAGCAUCUCUCCAGAGUUCCUGGCAGCCUCUGAACAGUUCCUCUCCACCAUGGUGCCCCCUGGCGUCUACAUGAGAAAUGCCAGCUGCCACUUCCAGAGGGUCAUCAAUCGGAAUUCAAGCGUCUCCAGAGCUCUCCGGGUCUGCAACAGCUAUUGGAGCCGAGAGCACCCAAACCUACAAAGAGCUGAAGAUGUAGAUGCGCUGCUACUGGGCAUGGCCUCCCAGAUUGCUGAACAAGAAGACCAUGUGGUGGUUGAGGAUGUGCGAGAUUUCUGGCCCGGGCCACUGAAGUACUCCCGCACUGACCACGUGGCCAGCAGCCUGCAGCGGGGCCGGGACCUGGGCCUGCCCUCUUACACCAAGGCCAGGGAAGCACUGGGCCUGCCUCCCAUUACCAGAUGGCAGGACAUCAACCCUGCACUCUCCCAGAGUCAUGGCACCGUGCUGGAAGCCACCGCUGCUCUGUACAACCAGGACCUGUCCCUGCUGGAGUUGCUCCCUGGGGGGCUCCUAGAGAGCCACGGGAACCCCGGGCCCCUCUUCAGCACCAUAGUCCUCGACCAGUUUGUGCGUCUGCGGGAUGGUGACCGUUACUGGUUUGAGAACACCAGGAAUGGACUCUUCUCUGAGGAAGAGAUCGCAGAGAUCAGAAACACAUCCCUCUGGGAUGUUCUAGUGGCUGUCACCAACGUGGACCCCAGUGCCCUGCAACCCAAUGUCUUUUUCUGGCAUGUGGGAGACCCCUGCCCACAGCCAGGACAACUCAGCACGGAGGGCCUGCCAGCCUGUGUUCCCCCUGUCAUGCGGGACUACUUCAAGGGCAGUGGAUUUGGCUUCGGGGUCACCAUUGGGACCCUCUGCUGCUUCCCCCUGGUGAGCCUGCUUGUUGCCUGGAUUGUUGCCCGGCUCCGGAAGAGAAAUUUCAAGAAGCUCCAAGGCCAGAACUGCCAAAGCAUCAAGUCUGAGAAGUUCGUGGAGGGCGUGGAAGCGUUGGAAUGGCAGGGCCGCAAGGAGCCCUGCCGGCCUGUGCUUGUGCACCUGCAACCCGGGCAGGUCCGUGUCCUGGACGGCAGGCUCUCUGUGCUCCGCAUCAUCCAGCUGCGGCCCCUGCAGCAGGUCAACCUCAUCCUUUCCAACAACCAUGGACACCGUACCCUGCUGCUCAAGAUCCCCAAGGAGUAUGACCUGGUGCUGCUGUUUAACCUGGAGGAAGAGCGGCAGGCACUGGUGGAAAACCUUCGGGUGGCUCUGAAGGAAAGUGGGCUGAGCUUCCAGGAGUGGGAGAUGCGGGAGCAGGAGCUGCUGAGGGCAGCCGUGACGCGGGAGCAGCGGAGCCUCCUCCUGGAGACCUUUUUCAGGCACCUUUUCUCCCAGGUGCUGGACAUCGACCAGGCAGACGCAGGGACCCUGCCCCUGGACUCAUCUCAGAAGGUUCAGGAGGCCCUGACGUGUGAGCUCAGCAGGGUCGAGUUUGCCGAGUCCCUGGGCCUCAAGCCCCAGGACAUGUUUGUGGAGUCCAUGUUCUCUCUGGCCGACAAAGACGGCAAUGGCUACCUGUCCUUCCGGGAGUUCCUGGACAUCCUGGUGGUCUUCAUGAAAGGCUCCCCUGAGGAGAAGUCUCGCCUUAUGUUCCGCAUGUACGACUUUGAUGAGAAUGGUCUCAUUUCCAAGGACGAGUUCAUCAGGAUGCUGAGGUCCUUCAUCGAGAUCUCCAACAACUGCCUGUCCAAGGCCCAGCUGGCGGAGGUGGUGGAGUCCAUGUUCCGGGAGUCGGGCUUCCAGGACAAGGAGGAGCUGACAUGGGAGGACUUCCACUUCAUGCUGCGGGACCAUGACAGCGAGCUCCGCUUCACACAGCUCUGUGUCAAAGGAGUGGAGGUGCCUGAAGUCAUCAAGGAUCUCUGCCGGAGAGCCUCCUACAUCAGCCAGGAUAAGCUCUGUCCCUCUCCCAGAGUGAGUGCUCGCUGUUCCCGCGGUGAUGUCCAGGUGGAGCGGACACCACAGAGACUGCAGUGCCCCAUGGACACCGAUCCUCCCCAGGAGGUUCGACGGAGGUUUGGCAAGAAGAACCAAAGGAGUGGACUUCUACUAUAUAAUUUAGACUCAUGGUUGUCUUCACGGAUGGGGUGGAUAUGGGACAUGGGGAGGAACAGGAAGUUUCUCAGAGAUCAGAAAUCCAACCCCCUAGGGUCCUUCUUCAGGCCUCCACCUCUGGCUGGCGGGAGUGCGCCUUGGGUUGAAUGGGUUGAGCACCCCCACCCGGCUGCCCCCAGGCUCACCCCAUCUGCCUGGUCUUCCUUAGUGUUACACAGCGCAGGCCACGUGGUGAACGUGUACCUGUUCUCCAUCAGCCCACUCAGCAUCCUCUCCUGCCUCUUCCCUGGCCUCUUCCAUGAUGACGGGUCCGAGUUCCCCCAGAAGUAUUACUGGUGGUUCUUCCAGACGGUGCCAGCCUGGUUGGAUGCUCAGAAAGCCUUGGGGGUGGGCAUGGGCUCCACAAUGAACGAGGAACUGGGGGAACUGGAGCCAGUUCAGAGGAGAGCUCCGUUCCGAGAGGCUCAAGUGAAUCCUGUGGGGAAAGGCUCAAGAGUUCUGGGACCCUCAGCUGGGGGAAGGGAGAGGAUGCUUCGGAGGAUGGGGUUGGGAACAGUUCGGUUUUGGAACCUGGAAGGAGCAUGGCACACGCUCAUCAUCCACGGCAGCUUCGCUCUGAUCCAGCUGCCCCGUUUCCACAUCUUCUUCCUGGUCCCGGCACUAAUCUACGGGGGGGACAAGCUGGUGAGCCUGAGCCGGAAGAAGGUGGAGAUCAGCGUGGUGAAGGCCGAGCUGCUGCCUUCAGGGGUGACCCACCUGCAGUUCCAGCGGCCCCAAGGCUUUGAGUACAAGUCAGGACAGUGGGUGCGGAUCGCCUGCCUGGCUCUGGGGACCACCGAGUACCACCCCUUCACACUGACCUCUGCGCCCCAUGAGGACACGCUCAGCCUGCACAUCCGGGCGGCAGGGCCCUGGACCACUCGCCUCAGGGAGAUCUACUCACCCCCGACCAACGGCUGUGCCAGAUACCCGAAGUUGUACCUCGAUGGGCCAUUUGGAGAGGGCCACCAGGUGCAUAAGUUUGAGGUGUCGGUGCUGGUAGGAGGGGGCAUUGGGGUCACCCCCUUUGCCUCUAUCCUCAAAGACCUGGUCUUCAAGUCGUCAGUCAGCUACCAAGUAUUCUGUAAGAAGAUCUACUUCAUCUGGGUGACACGGACCCAGCGGCAGUUCGAGUGGCUGGCUGACAUCAUCCGGGAGGUGGAGGAGAAUGACCACCAGGACCUGGUGUCCGUGCACAUCUACAUCACCCAGCUGGCUGAGAAGUUCGACCUCAGGACCACCAUGCUGUACAUCUGUGAGCGGCACUUCCAGAAGGUGCUGAACCGGAGUCUCUUCACGGGCCUGCGCUCUGUCACCCACUUUGGUCGCCCCCCCUUUGAGCCCUUCUUCAACUCCCUGCAGGAGGUUCACCCACAGGUCCGGAAGAUUGGGGUGUUUAGCUGUGGCCCCCCUGGCAUGACCAAGAAUGUGGAAAAAGCCUGUCAGCUCAUUAACAGGCAGGACCGGACUCAUUUCUCCCACCAUUACGAGAACUUCUAGGCCUCCUGCCCAGGGGCUCCACCCACUGCCUGCUGAGCAGAGGUUUGGGUCACACCUCGCCUCACCUCUGUACUUCCUGUUUCUGGUUCCCUCACCUUCUCCCCACUCCCACCUACCAACCUUGGUCGGGGUGGCCAUGGUCAGUCACCGCAUGUGGGUUCAGGGACCCCAGACUCAUAGUCUCAGCCUGGAGAAGUGGGAGGCACCGUCCGGGGACUAGAGGUUAUUGUUUUGGGGCAAAAUGACACCUCUUCUUCCAAACUAAGAAAAAUUUCAAAAGACUGGGGCUGACAAGUGGUAAGUUGUGUGUGUGUGUGUGUGUGUGUAUAGGGGGCUGUGAGCCUAAGGAUGAAGUGGGAGCACAGAUGCUGGCAUCUUAGAACUCCUCCCCUAAGUCCUCCCCUUCUUCUGGGCUUUCCACUGUCAAAAGGGCUGGCAAAUGCCUUCAAGGGGACAGAGGCUGGACCCCAGAGAGAAAUUUAUAGGAAAUCUCUCAGCACCUCAGUUUAACAGCACAAUUGAUCUUCUCUCCCAAGUUCUUAAACAGGUUCUGUAGUCAGAACCUGGCUCAAUAUCUCUCUCUCUCUAUGUAGUGCUCUUCAGACGAUCUCUGCUCUUCUUGUUCCAUAGCUUCCUCUACAAAUAAACCACUUUUCUGCCC